AUGUUACGGGAUAACGAGUUCAUCAUGGCUUUGCAGGAGAACCCUGCCCAGUCUCUUCCCCCUGACUGCAAGAAGGUGUUAACGGGGGUUGCAUCUGCCUUUAUCCCCGAUAUCAGCGAACUUCCCCGGAAGAAGAGCAAAGCUAGCGAUGGUAGUUCAAGCCAGACGGCCAGAGACAAGGGAGUAGGUGGCGGCGGCAAGAAGAACGCAAAGAGCCCCUUCGUCACUAUCCUGCGCCUCCAAGAGCUAGCGCUUUCACCCGUCGUCCAAGCCCACCUCGACACCAACAAGACUGACGCUCAGUCAUUCUUCUACUCCAAAGAACUUGUCAACAACGUCCAAAACUACAGCAAAGACUCGACCGGUGAGGCAAUGAUCAUUCAGUACCAAUACACCAAGACCGUCUCUCGUCAGCUUGGUCUUAACAGCAUUCGAUGGCUCUUCCUUAUGCUCAUGUGGCACGAUCUCGUUAAGCUUGCACGUCCCGACUGUACCGGCAACCGGAUCGGCCAUCUUAUGAAGGUUCACCUUCUGGAACUCAUCAAACCUGUGUACGCUAGCAGCUCAGACAUGCAAAAGCUCGCUAUAGAAGAGGUGGCAGAUGAGUUGCAUGCUUGGUGCAAGUUCGGAGCCAAAAUUAACAUUCUUGUGGAGAACUUCGGCGAGGGUUGCGUCUUCUACCUGCAUAACAUUCUCUCUCCAAACUUCCUCUCCGACAAGAUGACAGCUUCUGCUAUACGUCCUCUGAACCACGGCAACGCCAGAAAGAACGUAGUUGAAGAGGUUUGUCGACUUGGAACACUGCUCUUCUUGGCACCGGUUUGGAGAAGUUUUGGUCAAUCACCAGUAUGGACGGCUGCUAUAUCGCGCAAUCUCCUCCUUGUACUCACGAAGAACAUGGUCGAAUGGAACGAUUUGAAGCCUUUGCUCAUCUGGGUGCUCUACGCCGCUGCAAUCGAAACCAAGGAUCUGGCAGAACGGAGCCAGUUCGUAUUCAUGCUUGGCAUUCUGAUGAGUGGCAUGCAGCUGCAGGCGUGGGACGACAUCAUGUUGAUUGUCAAAAGCGUAUUGUGGGUGGAAAAGGUUUUCGCAGGCACUGAUGAGUUGAUUCGCGAUGAGGUUAUGCAGAUUGUCAACCACAAUCCUAUGAACAUGUUCCCGGUUGAAACUACGCCGCCGCCAAGUUUCUUGGACGACUUUACGGCGGAAACGGAAUAG